AUGACUCCCACCACAGGAACACCAACAAGUGCACCCACCGAAGUGCCAAGUGCUAGUCCAAGUGCUGGACCGACAGGGGUGCCAACAAAGGCACCAACAACAUCACCCUCAAGCACUCCAAGCAGCAAUCCAACAGGAAACCCAACCAUGACUCCAACAACAAGUACACCCACCAGUGCCCCUACCCAAGUUCCCAGUGUGGCACCAAGUGGCGGUCCAACUUCUGUUCCAACAAAGAGUCCAACAGAUGGCCCUAGUUCCUUGCCAAGCACUCAGCCAACAGGUGAGCCAACUCUUGCUCCAACCACAGGGACACCAACAGCUAGUCCUACACAAGUUCCCAGUGUGAGCCCAAGUGCUGGUCCAACCGGGGAUCCAACGAAGGCCCCCUCAGCGCUGCCAUCAGUAGUUCCCACAGAGAAAGCAUCAGAGGGUCCCACAAACGUGCCUACAGAACUUCCGACCUGGUCGAGUAUGGCUCCCACAGAGACGGCAUCAAAUGUUCCGACAAAUGUCCCUACAGCACUUCCAACCUGGUCAAGUAUGAGCCCAACCGAAACACACAGUUCAGUUCCUACAACCCCUCCUACACGUGUUCCAACUAGAACCCCCACAGGCAGUCCCACAGGAGUGCCUAGUGUGAGCCCAUCUGCGGGUCCUACUGGUGAUCCCACAAAAUCUCCUACACCCUCACCCACAGUUUCACCAAGCACAGCUGACCCUACUGAAUCCCCAACCACUAGAUCCCCCACAAAUGCUCCCACUAGCAUACCAAGUGAAAGUCCAAGUGCUGGCCCAACUGGUGACCCAACAAAAUUGCCAACAGCUUUACCUUCUAGCACUCCAAGUGCUCAUCCGACAGGCGCCCCAACGCUCACGCCAACAACCACUCACCCCACUACUUCUCCCACUCAAGUACCAAGUGCAAGCCCGAGUGAAGGUCCAACUGGUAACCCUACAAAAUUGCCAACAACUUCGCCGUCUGGCGCUCCGAGUGCAAGUCCAACAGGUGCUCCAACAUUGGCCCCUUCAACCACACACCCGACUAGUUCUCCCACCCAAGUGCCGAGUGCAAGUCCAAGUGCUGGCCCAACUAGUGACCCUACAAAAUCACCAACAAUGUCGCCGUCAAACAGUCCAAGUGCUGGUCCAACCGGAGUUCCAACGGUCUCCCCGACGACCACAGGGCCAACUAGUGCUCCCACUAGCAUACCAAGUGGAAGUCCAAGUUCCAGCCCAACUGGCGAUCCUACAAAAUUACCAACAGCUUCCCCCUCUGGGAUGCCCAGUGGCGGUCCAACAGGUGCUCCAACAUUGGCCCCUUCAACCACACACCCGACUAGUUCUCCCACCCAAGUGCCGAGUGCAAGUCCAAGUGCUGGGCCAACUGGUGACCCUACAAAAUCACCAACAACUUCACCAUCAAAUAACCCAAGUGCAGGGCCAACCGGAGUUCCAACGGUUUCCCCGACGACGACAGUGCCAACUAGUGCUCCCACUAGCAUACCAAGUGAAAGUCCGAGUGCUGGCCCAACUGGUGACCCAACAAAAUUGCCAACAACUUCACCUUCUGGUGUGCCCAGUGACGGUCCAACUGGUGGUCCAACACUUACACCAACAACCACACACCCCACAUCGCCCACCCAAGUCCAAGUGAAGUCCAAGUGCUGGCCCAACUGGCGACCCUACAAAAGCACCAACAACUUCACCAUCAAAUAA